CUGUUAGUGUCUGGCUCAGUGCAGGGCUGCUAUUUGUUGCAGUUGGCGACGCCCUCCUGCUCACCAAAAACAGCCUCAAAAACAACCAUUUCCUCUCUACUGAGAGACGAGGAAACACAGGCCCGUGUGCACACACGCGCGCACACACAUACUUUCUUGCAGCAGACACUCUGCUUUCCAGGACCUGCCACUCGUGGCGGAGGCACCAGGCCGGGGCCCAGGCAGCAGAGAGGCGGCUGAGCUCAUACUGCUCCCCGAGUUCAGCUUGGACCAGCUCCCACAGCCAGUGUUGGAGUGUGAGCCGACCAGUUCCCACGCUGUGCCUCCUCCUAAGUAACGUUGUUUUCUGCUGCUGUAGGACAGAAGAGGCGCUGUGGACACGGCCUCCCUGGCCUCUGCUCCCCGGGAAGACGGCACACUCACAACUCUGGAUUCUCGCUCGGGUCCCCAUUUUCUCCCUGGGAUGGGCCUCUUGGUGCCCGGCUUCAGCACAGGCCUGGCCCUGCUCCAGGUGCAGGAGGGAGGAUAAAGCAGGGCCGUGAGCAGCUCACCUGGACCUGUCCCAUGAGCCUCACUCCACUCCUCCGACGUGGGUGCGCCUGGCUGGAACUGCUGCUGGGCCUCCGAGAAUGAGCGGCGAUGUUCUCUAGCUUCCCCUAGCAGUAUCGGCUCUCCCCACAUGCACAGCAGCUGACUGCAACUUGGGAUUUUUCUCCAAGAUAAACGGACCACACGGACAAUCCGUGAUGACUGUCCAGAAACUUGUGGCCACAGCUGUGCUGGUGGCCCUGGUCUCCCUCAUCCUCAACAACGCGGCUGCCUUUACUCCCAACUGGGUGUACCAGACCCUGGAGGAUGGGCGCAAGCGGAGCGUGGGGCUAUGGAAAUCCUGCUGGCUGGUGGACAGGAGCCGGGGAGGCGCGAGCCCCGGGGCCAGAGCCGAGCACGUGGAUGCACAGGACUGUGAGGCGCUGGGCUGGGGCUCAGAGUCGGCAGGCUUCCAGGAGUCUCGAGGCACCGUCAAACUGCAGUUUGACAUGAUGCGUGCCUGCAACCUGGUGGCUACAGCAGCCCUCGCCGUGGGCCAGCUCACAUUUGUCCUGGGGCUAACGGGCCUACCCCUGAUGUCACCAGAGUCCCAAUGCUGGGAGGAAGCCAUGGCCGCUGCGUUCCAGCUGGCAAGUUUUGUGUUAGUCAUCGGACUGGUAACCUUCUACAGAAUUGGCCCCUACACCAACCUAUCCUGGUCUUGCUACCUGAACAUUGGUGCCUGUCUGCUGGCCACCCUGGCAGCUGCCAUGCUCAUCUGGAACAUUCUGCACCGCAGGGAGGACUGCAUGGCACCCCGGGUAAUUGUCAUCAGCCGAUCACUGACAGCACGGUUCCGCCGGGGGCUGGACAAUGACUAUGUAGAGUCUCCAUGCUGAAAGCAUCCUUUCAGGACUUCAUCUAUGAAUAGCCACUAUAAUGGAAUAGUCUAGAAACCGAGGGACUCACCCUGACUCUGCCUGUGCAGAGGCAUGGGAUGAGUCUUGGUCACAUAUAUAUAUAUAUGUGUGUGUACAAUGCUCAUGUACACUUACUAUGUUAUAUAUGAAUAUGUCAUGUGCCACCCCAUUUCUGACACAACCUUCCCCAGCCAGUCCAUUGCAGCUUCACAUCACGCACGACUGAAGGGUGGGAACAGGAAGCAGGGCAGGGAGGCAGUGGUAUGGGCACCCUGCCUCUGCCUUCGUUUGGGAUUAAUUUAUUCUGAAUCUGCUUAGGAGGACAGCCCCAGUUAUAUUUUACUUUCAUAGAGCAGAAUACCCAGGAAGCUUUUUGUGAGAUAUCCAUGAUAUUUCUUUAUUAGAAGUUAUAACCAGAUGGUAAUGGCUUUAUGCCAGAAUCAAAUUAAUAGUGUACGUUUUGUUCCUGAUUAUUUUUCUAAGUUAAAAUAAACUCAAACUUCUUAA